AUGAUGAAGCGUAACAAAAUAGAAGUCCGUGAUUCGUCCGCAUCGAUGGAUCCGAAUAUGACAGAAUCAUCAACCAUUCCACUCCAAACACGACGCGAGAGUAUUUGGAGGAAAAAAUUCAUUUUGUUCAUAGCUUUUGGUAUAGCUCUUAUAUUAACCACAAGUACUCCAGUGGUUAAUAUUUUACUGAAGAAUAAAGAUACUAUAGAUACGCCAGCGACGAACAUAACGUCAUCGACAUCCUUAGUAUAUACAGUGCCAACAACACCAACAAUGAAUACGACAUCGGAAGUAUCAUCAGUAUACACGGUAGCAACAACUUCAAGAUCGAUAAUAACAACGCUAACAGAAGAGCAUCUGCUACCUUCUGCUCACAAUUAUACUAGUCUUAAAUGGACACAAAAUGCGAACACUGUUGCAGGAGGACAUGGAAGUGGUAGUGAAUUAAAUCAGUUGUCGAAACCAUAUGGCACCGCGAUUGCUGACGACGAUGACCAUCAAAUGAUUUACGUUACUGAUCAUGGCAUGGGGAUUUAA